AGCUUGUUUUCGUUUAGCGUUUUGGAAGGAAAGCGACAACAAGGUAAUCGGUGCUACAUGAUCUUGGAAGAAGCGGUCAUGUCGAGGAGGUAAAAAUUAUCUUGAUUUAAGCUAGGAGUAGCAAGAACAAGAACAAUCGAGUCGCGCCUAAGUACGCUUUCUUCUUUACAUUUUCAUCUUAGCCGAAGACCAAAAAGAUGGCUCUCUACACGGAUUAUUCCUCUGCCCCGCAGUACAAUAUCAAGCACACGCGACAUUGCUGUGUCUUCGUGGGCAACAUCAGUUACGAGUGUACGGAAGAUGCUUUGACCCAAAUCUUCCAGAGAUGCGGCGCAGUGGAGCAAUUUCGCAUACUGAAGGAGAGGGAUGCAAAGAUACAUAAGUUAGGGCGAGUGUUUUUUUCUUACUCUUUUACAGAAUUGUAUUUAGUAUCAGAAUUGUAUCAUAUCAUUGUCAGUAUUUGACUACGAUGGGCGAAGGAGCUCUUGAUCCUUCGUUCCGAUUGUAUCUAGACCGCUAGAGGUUAUACUUCCUUUUUUACUACAUGUACUACGUAGUUUACAACUCGGUUGUACAUCAACCUACUUCUAUAUCAUCCGAAAAGACGCUUUCUUCACCAACCUCCUCUAAUAACCGGCUACGGCUUCUGCGAAUUUAAGGAUGCUGAAUCCGCAGACCUCUGUUGUAGGACUAUGAACGGCAUCGAGUGCUAUGGACGGCCACUGAGAAUAGACACCGCUGACGUGGACAUCAAAACUCUCGAGAUGUUGGGCGCGACGCGACAAAGGGAUUUUUUGGAGUUGCAAGCACAGAUGGUUGGAGUGCAUGACGUACGGAAAUUUUUAAUUUUCUUGCCUUUGCUUUGGUGCUGGUAUCUAUCGAAAUCGAAAAUACUUGAAAACAUGUGUCCUGGGUCUUCAGAUGAAUCAUGAUGCUUUAUUUCCCUAUGCAUACAACUUUGAUUUGUGCUCCUUUUCGCAUUCCCAUUUACCUCCACGCAAUGUUCGUUCUUCUCCUCGUAUUAAUUAUACACUCGCAGGUGAACUACCAAGCCGAAGUUUCCGGUCUCAUUUCCACUCUAUCGACUUCGGAAGUUUUCUGCGCUCUUGCACAUAUGCAAGCCCUCGUGAAGAAUAAUCCUUUAGAGGCACGUGCGUACCUAACGAAGAACCCUGCCAUGGCUCACGCCAUGAUGCAUGCACAGUUUCUAGCCAGCAUGCAUAGUAGGCCAAUGCGACCAAUGACGCGAAAGGACAUCGACAAUGCCAACUGGAACAACAACAUCACGCCGCAUACGAGUGGAGGACAGGGAACAACUAAUGCUACAACAACUAGUGCUGAAAAAGGAGGCACAAGUAGAAAUGGCCCAGCAGGAGCUGGAGGUUCCUCCUCAAGAGCAGGUCCGGGAGGUGGAGCCAAUUUCAUUCGAGAAGGAGGCGUUAGCGGUGGAUACAACAGAGCAGAAGGUGGUAGUAGUAGUGAAUACGACCAUGGUGAUGGCAGAGGUGGCGGUAGAGGGUACAACUAUGAUAGUGCUCCCAGAGCACGUAGUGGAUAUGACAACGCAGCAAGAGGUGGGGGCGUUGAAACAGACUACUACGGCGCUUCUGGUGCAACCAGAACCAUGAGUCGUGAAAACAGAGCUGGACCUCUAGGUGGUGACUAUAAACCGUCACCAAGAGACAGAAACUACAACGAAGGUGCUGGAGGAGCAACAGGAUCGAACGGAGCCAAUGGAGCAGGUUCUUCGAGUGGUGUUCUUGAUAAAGACGGCACGGGCAUAGGAGCUGCUGAUAGUAUGGGCGGUGAUGUGGCAGUGAAAGAAGAACCUGGAACAAGCGGUCAGUCAAAAUCAAAUGCGAGCAAAGAGACGUGGAAGUACUUAUUUCGGAUUUUGUUUCACUUUGUUUGUUAACGUUCCUGAAAAAGCCCCUUUCCCCACAACGUCCUCCUUGGGGCGAUCUGCCCUAUCGUCCUCCACAACGUCCUCCUUGAUGUGACGGCGAAACCGAGGCAUGCUACCCUAUCCUAUCCUAUCCUAUCCUAUCCUAAGCAUGAUCAAGUAGAUCAUGAACUCCUUCUAAUACUAAUUGUCACUUAUGAAAACAAAUCUCGAUCACAGUUUGACGAUUUCCAUUCCAGGUACGAAGAUGCUUAUCCCGGAGGCGCGUCGUCUUCCGCCUCUUACAAAGGCAGCAAAAAGGACUACUGGAAUAGCAAAUAUGGAGGCGGCAAAGACUAUUGGUCUUCCUAUUACGGAGGUAAGGACAAGUCCGACUCGUGGAGCUCGAAGGAUAAAGACUUCUAUUGGAAAGAGUACUACAACAGCCUUAAGGGCGAUUCUUCUGGGUACCCAUCUCGUAUGAAAGGAGAGGGUGGAGGAAAACGUGACUACUAUGGCGGUGGCGGAAAGGCAGACUACUAUAGUUCUUACUACUCGAUGAAGGGGAUGAUGAGUGGUAGCUCCAGUAGAGGGUAUGGGCCAUACGAUCGAUAGUUGUAGAUGUGGAGAUCUGUGUCCUAUGACAAUGCGGACAACAGGUCCACAGAGAGGGACAACAGUUCCACAGAGAGUAAGUUUUCUGUGGACCUGUUGUACUUCACCAGAUUUUCAGCAAUAUUUUCCUGAAAAUGUUGGGACCAGAACAACCUUCUCAUUUUUCUCUUUAGCGACAUACACAUCAGCGACACAAUUUUUACGCCAUUUCAUCCAAAUCUUUUAACAUUGUCCACCUCCCGAACAACAAAUAACGAUCAACCCCAAGAACGCACAGUUGUCAGACAGCCGCUGUCAUCACGCUUUC